AUGGAUCAACAAGGCCAAUCCAUCCCCGGCCCUGCCGGUAGGCGCUUGCAUAUUGCCCAUCGGAGAAGCCCCUCGGAGCUUACUCCGCUUAUGAUGGAACAAUUGGCUUUACAACAACAGAUCGAACUGCUCCAACAGCAGCAACAGCAAAUCGCUGCCACGCAUCAGCAAUACGUCAACAUGGGGCUUUUGCAACCGCAACAGCCUCUCCAACAUGUAGCUGCCUACUCCCCCACCAUGCAAGCUCAAGCUAUCCCUAGCGUUACUCAUAAUAAUUUUCAGUUUCCCCAAUCUCAACAACAGCAGCCGCAGCAUGUGAGCGUACCCCUGAACCCCCAAGGUCAGCCCUCCCACCGACGUAACCAGUCUGCACUGCCAAAUGUUGGCAUGGGCCCUCCGCCUGCGCCUUCUUCAGGUGCAGCCGGUUCUUCCUACGAUUAUAACCAGGGUCAGGGUCAGGGUCAGGGUCAGGGCCAUGGUUCUUCUAAUCAUAAUCGUGAGAAUGGUCAGCAAUCCCGUGGUCGCGGGGCCGCUCCUCCAGGAGGUGGUCAUCAGCGUCGCCAUUCACUGGCUCUUCCUGAAGCGAGAAAAGCUGCCGAACUUGCGCAGCAAAAAAGAACGACUUCUGGAUUCCAGUUCCCGAUUCCAGGUGCUUCAGGUGCUUCGAGCACAUCGAAUCAAGGUGAAGGUUCUCCCACUGAAAAGCCUCCCCCACCUGCCUCUUCUUCCCCCCAGCCUCCCCAGGGACUAGGCGUUCAACGAGCUGGAAAUAUUAGAUCUGGAACCCAUACACGGAGUCAGUCCUUGGCUGUAGGCAGCGGUCGCAGUGGUGGAACGUCGGGUGGCAGAGGUGCUGGCGGGUUCCAGUUUCCGCAAUCAAGCGAGGGAUCACCAGCGCCGGAUUCUUCUUCUCGACGCCAAAGUCAACCAUCUCAUGGUCGAUCAGGCUCAAGAAACUUCGAAAGCAACUGGAGGCAGCAGAAUAACAACCAGGGUCAAGGGCAGGACCAGCAACGAACUGCUAUGGGAAGCUUUGGCCAACAACAAGGUGGAGCAAAUUUCCAACCAGGCCAUCGCACACGUGGAUCAGUGAAUCAAUCGGUCGGAUCCCUUGGUUCCUUCCAAUAUACAGGUCAACCCCAACUCAUCCAGCUUCCCCAAGGUCAAGUUGUGAUGGCACCUCCGCAAAUGUUUGCCGGUCAGCAUCUAAAUCCUAUUCAAAUUGCCCAGCUUCAAGCGAUGCAAGCAAGCGGUCAGCUGAAUAUCCAAAAUCUAGGUCUGCAAUCCGCUCCUCAGCAUGUUGCCACGCAGCUGUCUGCGCAGCAACAACAACAGCAGCAGCAGCAGCAACAGCAGCAACAGCGUAAAACACUUUUUACCCCUUACCUUCCCCAGGCAUCAUUGCCUGCUCUACUGAACGACGGUCAACUGGUUGCCGGUAUUUUGAGGGUCAACAAGAAAAAUAGAUCCGACGCUUACGUCACUACGCCUGAUCUCGAUGCUGAUAUUUUCAUCUGCGGAAGCAAGGAUAGAAACCGUGCCCUCGAAGGUGAUCUUGUUGCUGUUGAACUACUGGACGUUGAUGAAGUAUGGAGUCAGAAACGAGAAAAGGAGGAAAAGAAAAAACGCAAGGAUAUCACCGACACCAGAAGUGGUAGCACUGCUGGGAUGGACAAGAACGCUCGACCGGACUCUAUUACAAAUGGCGAUCCUGGACAAAUCGCUCCCGACGGAAGCAUUCGACGAAGAGGCAGUCUCCGCCAACGCCCCACCCAGAAGAAAAAUGAUGACGUGGAAGUUGAAGGCCAGAGCCUUCUUCUCGUCGAGGAAGAUGAAAUCAGCGAUGAACAGAAACCACUCUACGCUGGCCACGUUGUUGCUGUGAUCGAACGUGUGGCCGGUCAGAUGUUUGCUGGUUCACUUGGCCUUCUUCGGCCCUCCAGCCAGGCGACCAAGGAGAAACAGGAAGCAGAGCGACAAGCUAGGGACGGCGGUCAUUCUCGCCACCACCAUGACCGUCAACAGGAUAAGCCAAAGAUUGUUUGGUUCAAGCCUACUGACAAACGUGUUCCCUUGAUUGCAAUCCCCACCGAACAAGCUCCCCGAGACUUUGUUGAGAAGCACGCUGAAUACGCUAACAACAUAUUUGUUGCGUGCAUUAAGCGAUGGCCCAUCACGUCACUUCAUCCAUUUGGAACACUCGUUGAACAACUUGGCGCUAUGGGCAACUUGAAGGUUGAGACAGACGCCCUGCUCAGAGACAAUAACUUUGCCUCUGAUGAAUUCUCUGAUGCUGUCUUGAAGAAUGUCGGCUUCGAAAAAUGGUCCGUAAAGGACGAAGGCGAAGCCUUGUUGGAGAACCGACGGGACUUCCGUGAUGAGACUACUUUCACUAUCGAUCCCAACGGCUACAAGGAAUUGGAUGACGCUAUCCAUGUCAAAUCGCUUCCUGAUGGGAAAGUGGAAGUUGGCAUCCAUGUGGCAGACGUCGCUCAUUUUAUCAAGAGUAACUCGCUUGUUGAUAGAGAGGCUAAGAAGCGUGGUACUGGCGUCUAUCUUAUGAACCGUGUUGUUAACAUGAUCCCGCCCCGCUUGGCGACUGAAAUAUGUUCGCUUUUGCCUGGUGAAGAAAGAUUGACCGUCAGCGUCAUCUUCCAAGUGAAUUCCGCUACCGGCUCUGUGGAAGGAGAACCGUGGAUUGGAAAAGGUGUAAUCAAAAGUUCGGGAAAACUCACCUACGAUGAAGUGGAUGCCAUCCUGAACGGAAAUUCCGACGUUGAACUUCACGGGGCUACCGCAAAUGAUAUCAAAACUUUGAGUGAUAUUGCCAGUAAGUUUAAGAAGGCGAGAUUUGGCAAUCGGUCCUCCAAUAUACCAUCUCUGCGACUCCUCUACCAGCUCGACGAUGAGAACGUCCCUGUCGAACAGAACAUUUUCAACUCCACGCCGGCGCACGAACUCAUUGAGGAAUUAAGCCACAAAGCAAAUUCCUUUGUCGCAAAGAAACUUUUAUCUGCUAUUCCAGAUAAAGCAUUCCUUCGCCGCCAGGCACCACCAAAUGUCCGUCGGCUACAGACUUUCGUUGAUCGGAUGACGAGACUAGGAUACGAUAUCGAUCCUACUAGUAGUGGCACACUGCAGACUAGCCUGUUCAAAAUAGAAGAUGUUGAUAUUCGCAAGGGGAUGGAAACCUUGCUUCUGAAAGCUAUGCAGCGUGCGAAGUAUUAUGUUGCAGGAAAUAUGACGGAGGAUCAGCGACAGCACUAUGUUCUUAAUUUACCUGUAUACACUCACUUCACCAACCCCUCAAGACGCUAUGCGGAUAUUAUCGUCCAUCGACAACUGGAAGCAGUACUUUCCAAUUCCGAAUGUACCGAUGACGUCGAAAACCUCACUAAAACCGCUGAACAAUGCAACAACAAGAAGGAUUCUGCCCAGACUGCUCAGGAGCAGAGUGUCCACAUUGAGUCAUGUCGCAUUAUGGACAAGAAGCGAAGCGAGAUCGGAGGUGACCUUAUCAGCGAGGGCAUUGUCCUCUGCGUUUACGAAUCUGCUUUCGAUGUCCUUAUCCCAGAAUAUGGCUUCGAGAAACGUGUCCAUUGUGAUCAGUUGCCAUUAAAGAAAGCAGAGUUCCGUAAAGAGGAGCGUGUUCUCGAGUUAUAUUGGGAGAAAGGCGUCCCGUCAUCUGCUUAUAUUCCAGAGGAUGAACGCCCCAAGGCUGCGCAAAGUACACGUGCUGCCAACGCUGCCGCUGCCGCUCGUGAAGCAGAAGCCGCAAGGGAGCGAGCUCGCGAGCGAGAAGAAGCUCAACGGAAACAAACAGACACCGGCACUAUUUCAACAGACGACGUUGACGCUCUUUUUGACGACGACGAGGAGGACGACGAAGAUGAGGACGACGAUAUCUCUGAGGCUACAGAGAUGGCUGCGGGCGUCUCCCUUAACUCUCCGGUAGAUCGAUCGACUCAAAGCAUGCCGCCAUCUCCUACGAGGAAUGGCCACUUGCAGCAAACCCCCCACCGCACUCGUUCUGACCCAAAGAUCGCAAGUAGUACUGUUGAAGCUCCUGAAGCCAAAUUGACGAAUAAGGAAAAGUAUCUCAAGCUUUUCAGACUGCGGGAGGAGGACGGUGAAUAUAUUCAGGACGUCACUGAGAUGACUCGUGUGCCAAUUAUAUUGAAAACAGAUCUGUCCAAGAGCCCACCAUGUCUCACUAUUCGCUCCGUCAACCCAUACGCUCUUUAG